GUUGGCAGCGUCCUCACGCUGACAGGAAGACACAUGUUGGACCUGUCUCCCUCUCUCUCUUUCAGCUCGCUUUGCUUUUCGCUCUUUAACACACACUUACAGUGUUGUCAUACAGCGACACACACACAUCUCCUGGAGCUCCUGGAGAACCAGAGGAGAGAAAAAGGGUGGAAGGAUUUGGCUUCCAGUCCUGCAGCCGUCUUCAAACUGCCGGGAUGAGGUGGUGGCUGGUGGUGGCCAGUCUGUGGCUGCUGGUGGUCCUGAACACCCCUGACACUCAGGCCAGGGGGAGACCUCGCAACCAUGAUGGUCGGAGAGAAAAGAGGAAGAGGGACGGACAGGGUCAUGGCCAAGGCAGAGAAGGACGCUCUAGACCUCUGAAGAUCAGACUGGUUCCAGGUCCAAACAUUUCAGUGAAUCCUGCAGAAAACCAAAGAAAUGUUGGGUCCUAUAGGACCCUUCGAGAACAGCCGUCCAGCUACAAUGUUAUCCCAGGUAAGCAGGACCGGUGUGUGUACCAGGGGCUAACCAUGUUCGACCAGGCCGUCUGGUCUCCGAAGCCCUGUGUGACUUGUCUGUGUGAUGGAGGACGGGUGGUGUGUGAUGAGAUCAUCUGUCCCAUAACGCACUGCCUGUUCCCCUUCGUUCCCGUUGGGGAGUGCUGCCCCGUCUGCAUGGAGCCAGACUCCGAGCUCAGCCUUGAAAUUUCUGGUGACUCCCCAGUUCCUAAUGACCCCAGCGAGGCCAUCACCCCACUGACCCAGGAGGAGAUCCAGCGAAUUCUGUGGCGGGAGGAAGAGGAGCACCGCGAGGAGGAGGAGCGCCUGAGGAAGAAGGACGAGGCAAGGAGGAAGAGAAGGAAGCAAAGGAAGGAGCAGGAGGAAAUGCAGAGGAGGAUAGUUGAGAAGAAGAGAAGGGAGGAAGAGGAAGCUUUGAGGCUGCAAAUAGAGAAAGAGGAAGAGGAGUGGAGGAGGAAGAUAGAGGAGGAGGAGGAGAGAAGACAGCAGGAAGAGGAGAGGAUGAGAGAGGAGGAAGAAGAAAGGAGGCAGAAAGAGAGAGAAGCAAGAGAAAAGGAAAGGGAGCUGGAGAAAGAACAGGAACAACAGGAGAAGGAGGAAGAGGAGGAGGUGUGGUUGAGAGGAGAUGUGUUUCAGAUGCUCCCAAAAGAACCAGAAGUAGCAGAAAAAACAGACUUCCAACCAGCUCCGAUCCCAACACCUCCUGCUGCCUCAGAGGAGGAGCUGAGGGAGGUCGAUAUAGGGGUGGAGGAGGAAGAGGAGGAUGAGGAGGUGAUAGAAGGGAACAGAGGAGGCCUCCCUCCAGGAUGCGACAUCUCUGAUGUCAUUGUGACAUGUGAGAACGCCAAACUCACACACUUCCCUCCUCUGAGCAUCCCGGAGCUGAAAUCUCUCAGUCUGGAGGGAAACAGCAUCAGCAGCAUCCCAGCCGGAGCCUUUAACGGCAUCCCCAACCUGGAGUGGAUCAACCUGAAGAAAAACAAGCUCACCUCUGCUGGCAUCGACGCUAAAGCCUUCAAAGACCUGAAGAUGCUAAGACGUCUUUACUUGGAUGGGAACCUUCUAGAAACCGUGCCCUCUGACCUACCCCCGACCCUGCAGGAGCUGAAGAUCAGUGAGAACAACCUGAGAAGAAUAGAUGAAAACAGCUUCCGAGAUUUAAGCAGCCUAGUGAUUCUGGAGAUGGAAGGAAAUGUGCUGAGUGAGGGAAACAUCGAUCCUCUGGCCUUCGCUCCUCUAACUCAACUCUCCUACCUCCGACUGGGGAGAAACCACUUCCGAACAGUCCCACAGGGCCUUCCCAAGUCACUGCUGGAGUUGUAUCUCGAGAACAAUGUGAUUGAGGAAAUCUCAGAGACAGUUUUCAAUCGGACCAGCAACCUGAAUGUCGUUUCUCUCCGACACAACAAGCUGGAUGAGACCCGGAUCGCUCCUUUAGCCUGGUUUAACCACAGAAACCUGGAGUCCAUCGACCUUUCACAUAAUGAGCUCUACCUGGUUCCGUCAUUCCUGCCCAAAUCUCUGGUCCAUUUAGUGCUGGUGGGAAACAACAUAGAGAGGAUUCCUGGUUACGUCUUCGCCCACAUGGACCCUGGUUUAGAGUACCUCUACCUGUCCUACAACAAACUGGAUGGAGAGGGAAUUGAACCUGAGUCGUUCUUCGGUGCUUAUCACUCCAUGGUGGAAAUGUGCUUAGAUCACAAUCAGCUGGUCAAUGUGCCGGCUGGGAUCAAUGAAAUGACCAACUUACACUUCCUCAGACUUGACCACAACAAGAUCAGGAGCAUCCCGGAUGAGGGGAUCUGUGACCCGGACCACAGCGGGGAACACACUCUGGUGGCCCUGAGGCUAGAAAACAACUACAUCAACCCCCGAGAGAUUUCACCCACAGCCUUCUCCUGUGUACGCUCCUCUUCAAGUGUGGUUUUAAAACCCCAGAAGACCAAGUGAUUGAGGGAUUCCCAAAAACAAAAACUAAGACAGACUUGUUUAAAGCCUCCUGCACACAAGAUUUUGGAUUUGAAUGUAAAUUCCCCUGAGAUGUCUGAUGUCACGAUAAAAAGACAUGAGGAAGGAAGCGGGUCAACAUCUCAUCAACAGGUUUAGUGUGAGAUGCAGAAAUGUAAUGACAGGUAAUGUUGAUGUAACUCAGCUGAAAGAAAGUUCUUUGGCUUCAUCUUUUCAAGCUGUGUCAUAUUUUCUUCCAGUUGGUCCUUACAUGUCAUUUUGGGUUUGGUUCAGUAAGUUGUUCUGCACGGUCACGUGGCCCACACCAGACAGAACUCCUCCAGACUUCACAAAUCAAACACAUCUGUCUCCUUUGGUAAAAUGUUAAACUCUCUAAAAUGGAAAGAAUCCCUGCAGCAGGGACAGUAAACCGAAAAUACUAAUAAAGAGAUGGAAAGAAUUUCUUUGCAGUGAGACCACAGCAGCACAGUACAUUAUUUUUAACAACCUCAGCACCUUUAUAUUCCAUUUCCCAGCUCCGUUUCUUCCAGUGCUUCCUUUAAUAAAAAUCUCUGACAUGAGGAGGAGUGUGAGAAGAGUACUCACACGCGUGAUGUCUUCUUUGUGGGACCAAUUCACAGGUUUAAGGAUCAAGUGCUGCAGAGGAGCUAAAUCCUCCAGCAGAGCAGAAGACAGUAGAUGUCAUGACAUGUCCAUCCUUUGUCUCCCCUCAUACAGAGACACAAGUUUAACUUUCAAUAGUGCAGCUGAGCUGGAUUCAUACUUGAUACAAGAGGUUUACACAAGUUUUCAUUAGCGAUAUAAUGCAUGUUAUAUAUCCGACUGGGACAUAUUGAGCUUCACUCUGAAUAGUCCCAGUUAUUCUUAUAGUUUCCUGCUGAGUGAGGAGACAGUUUGUUGUCUUUCUGAUGAUAUUUUCUGUUUUACUCAAACACAAAUGGAUCAGUAAAGUGUAUUACUAACCCAACAUCCACACCGACCCUCAAAAUAUUGUCACAAUUACUUACUGUUUAAAUUUUUGAUUAUGUUGUUUAAUUUGCUUUUGGCUGGCCAACAUGUUUAAAUUAUGAUUAUCUGUUUGAUGUCUUCACAAUAUAAACUACAUGUAACUUGUGUUAUUAUGCACAAUUUUUCAUGCACCCCCCCCCCAGCUGUCAAGCUCUAACAUAAACUUCAUAGACUCCUUGUUUCUUCUUCAAAUUGUUUUUGCUUAUUACUUAUGACCCUAAAGUAGAAUAAGUGAUAUAGAAAAUGAAUGGACGGACGGAUGGAUGGACGGACGGACGGAUUUUUUCUUUUUUUGUGUGUCAACUCUUCUCACCCUGUUUCACCCAAAUUCUUAGUCUUAGGCUGCAUUCACACCAACAUAGUCCGGGAGACUUGUUUCGAUUGGAUGGGGAUUGCAAAGAAAACAGGAUUUAAACCAGUUACCAGUUAAACCAGAACUGUGUGAAACAACAACAAUAGAGCAACAAUAAAGUUUCUGCAGUC